AUGAAAUUCUCUCUAUUCAAAAUUAUUUUUAAUAAAAUUUUUCUUCAGGUUUUAUUAGAAUACAAUGUGAAUAACGAUAAAGAAAAUAAAGAAAAUUCCAAUAUUCCUCCAACCUCUCCAAUAAAAGGAAUUUUAAAAGAAAGACAAAGUAAUGAAAAAACAUUAGAACAACAACAACAACCCCAAUCAAAAACCGAAUGGCGCCGUUAUAUCUGCAGAUUUUCAAUUUCUGAUUUUUCAAUGUUAGAUAGAAUAGAAGCACCAAAAUGGUUAAGAGAAAGGGUUAUUUGGAGUUGUAAAAUGUGUUCCUUUAAUAAAUUUAUUUAUUUGGCUGCAAAUACACCAAAUCAGGGAUUUUUGUUCGAAUUAAAUUGUGAAAAUGGAAAGUGGAUUGAAUGUAGAGGAACGAGAAUAAAUAGUCAAUUUGCUGAUGUUAAUUACUUUGCUAGUGUUGGUCCAGUAACCGAAUUAUUAUUAGUGGAGACUAAUCGUUGUUAUGUCCAAUUAAUAUCUAUUUACAAUUCAACAGUUGUAAAUGCCCGAAUUCUUGGAAUCUGUGAAAGACCCGGGGCUUUAUGUGUUGACAAUUAUGGAAAUGUUUUAAUUUUUGAUAGAUCUUCAUCUUCUGUUGGUUUAUAUUCUAGGGCAUUUUUAGAAAAAAUUGGAGAUUUGGCUUUUGUUGAAAGAGCAAAUUGUCAGUUAAGUGCUAGAGACGGAAUAAUUGCUAUUUUGUGUAAGACAACAAAGGAAUUAAGAUUACACAAAUAUUUGGAUAAAUUAAAUUUAAUAAAUAAACAAUUAUUUGGAGAAAAUUAUUUUUGUGGUGAUGAAGGGAAGAAAAAGAAAAAUGGUAAAGGAAGAAUUGAAGAGAUUGGAGAAGAAGAAGAGGAUGAAAUUAUUAGAGAACCAAUACCUUUAAUGAGAGCAUAA